AUGAAUGUGAGGAUCAAGAGAACAACCCUUGUGAAGGAACUUGCACAAACACCAUCGGAGGUUACGUAUGCCAAUGUCCAGUUGACACCUAUGGAGUUGGAAAGAAAGGUGGAAUUGGUUGCUUACGCAGAAAAGCAGAAUUUCCCCAUACUGAAAGUCACUUUAGGCAUUGGAUUAGGGCUCUUGUUCCUAAUUGUUACAAGUGGUGUAGAAGCUACAAAGGUUUUUACAGCAAAAGAAUUGGAAUUGGCAACCAAGAACUACAGCGAUAAAUCAAUACUUGGCCGAGGAGGUUUUGGAGUGGUCUACAAGGGAACUUUACCAGAUAAGCGCAUAGUCGCCAUAAAAAAGUCGAAAGUAGUUGAUGAGACUCAGAUUGAUCAAUUCAUUAAUGAGCUUGUGAUAUUAAGUCAGGUUAACCAUCGAAAUGUGGUGAAGGUCUUAGGAUUACCUUUGCUUGUUUACGAAUAUGUUUCCAAUGGCACCCUCUUACAACACAUCCAUAACAAGGUGGAUGGAAAAUCAUCUUCCUCCCUUUCUUGGCAAAGUCGUUUGAGGAUUGCAACCGAAAGUGCAGGAGCACUUGCGUAUUUACAUUCUGCAGCUACAACACCCAUCAUUCAUAGAGAUAUCAAAUCUGCAAAUAUACUAUUAGAUGAUAAUUACACUGCAAAAGUAUCUGAUUUUGGAGCCUCAAGGUUGAACUCAUUGGAUGAAACUCAAAUUGAUACACUAGUUCAGGGGACAUUGGGGUACUUAGUUCCAGAAUACUAUCAAACAAGUCUAUUGACAGACAAAAGUGAUGUUUAUAGCUUUGGUGUUGUUCUUGUCGAACUCUUAACAGGAGAAAAACCCAUUUCUUUCGAUCGGCCAGAAGAUCAGAGAGGUCUUGCUUCAUAUUUCAUUUAUGCAAUGGAAAGAAAUGAUUUGUUCGAAAUUAUUGAGCCCCAAGUAGCAAAUGAAGGAAGUAGGGAGCACAUUGUUGCAGUUGCAGUGCUUGCCAAGAGGUGCCUUAAAAUGACCGGUGAAGAAAGACCAUCAAUGAAACAAGUUGCUGCUGAACUAGAAAGUCUUAGUAAAUUAGUGACGCAACCAUCUGAAGUUUAUAAUCGGCAUAGGCAUGAGAAAAAGCCCAACAUGUUCAUCGAUGAGCCAACAGACCUCUAUUCUGUACCAAUAAGCUCUGAAACUUCUGGUGAUUCUGGGCAAUAUAGCAUUGAGAAAAAUGCAAUGAUGUCAAUGACCAUGCCGCGAAAUUUUGCAGCAUUGCCUACUGAAAAUGCCAAAUUUGGCGAUUUCAGAGGGCAACAGAAUCACCGAGUGAGUAGUGGCCUAUUGGUACUGUAUAUAAAUCUGUUGGCUCAGAUAUUGAAUAUGUUCGCUCUUCGUUGUGUUUACGAUAAGGGUUAA